UCUGCAGCACAUGAAAUAUCAGACAGGACACAAGCCAAGAGCGAUCAUUUGCAUUUCGGUCUUCUUCACUGCAGCCAAGAGUAACAUUUACGUCGUCAUAGCUUCUUACUGCCACGCCCAGCCAUACAAACGCACUGCACAAACAGCCUUAAAGUUGGUUGAAUUGAACAAGUUCGUGAGGAACAACGUAGAAUCAACGGCACCGCGAUGAAUUUGAAAUUUUGUCGUUACGGCUGGUGGCCGACGCUCCUGAUGGCAGUUCUGCUCUGCACGGCCGCGAGUGCUAACCCUACCGACAGCACCGAGCCGUGCGAUGAAGACCAGUUCGUGUGUGCCAACGGCCGCUGCAUUCCUGAUCACUUCAGGUGCGACGAUGACGACGACUGUCUCGAUGGUAGCGAUGAACUCGAGUGUAUCCUACCUGGCCAGAACUGCAAAAUAAGUGAGUUUGAAUGCGGGAACAGCAAGUGCAUCAGGAAGGCAUUCGUCUGUGACUUUGAUGAUGACUGUGGAGACAGCAGCGAUGAGAGCAACUGCCCCCAUGUGCCGUGCGGAGAGGAAAAGUUUCGAUGCGCCAACAGACGUUGCAUCCCGACGCGCUUCAGGUGCGACGGCGACGACGACUGCCGUGAUGGCAGCGAUGAACUUGACUGCACUCUUCCUGACAAUGUCUGCACUAUCAAUCAGUUUGAGUGCAAGAAUGGCAACUGCAUCGAGGCUCGCUACCGCUGUGAUGGUGAUAAUGAUUGUCAGGAUUCCAGCGACGAGGAAAACUGUGCCGAUGUCCAGUGCAGCGAAGACAGGUUCAAGUGCGCCAACCAUCGCUGCAUCAACGCGAGCUUCAGGUGUGAUGGUGACGACGACUGCCAUGAUGGCAGCGAUGAACUUGACUGCACUCUUCUUUGAGGCGUCUGGUCCAGGUUCCCCAGCUCUCAUCCGGUGACACCGUUUUACUGACGUACAUUUCACAACCACCAACAUGCAAUACAAAUAAAAUGUGACUUCCGUAUGACUUCCAUGCUUCUAUCUAUUGAUAUCUUACAAUUUUCCUCACAGUAUCGUCAUCAGCUUCAAUUUACUUAUUUAUGCUAUCACUUAGACAGAACAACUAUAGUCAAGAAGUAAAAAUGUUUUUGAGUUUAAAAUAAACUCAUUUAAGUACCCAUGUAGCUAAUGGCGGUCUUUGACUCUGAUUGCUCCUCGAAUAUUGAAAAGAUCUCAACGCAAAACAGAUUGAAUUCAGAUCAAUGUUUUGUCGGUAGUUACUGUAAUGGAAAAGAUCAUUGCAAGUAUUCAGCAUCGUCCAUUAAAUCUUUAGCUGCAUUUUUUCAAUGAAAUUUCAAGGGUCAAAUAAAUUAGGGACUCGUAUAAUAAAGAUCAGCUAACACUCAUAAUAUGCAGAAGAUAACUUUAAAACAUUAUGCAAAUGGGUAUUCAUUUCAUUGAAUUUCUAUCUGAGAUGUAUUAAUAUUUCUUCAUUUUUUAGCAAGUAAGCACACACGUUCCAAAGGUUAAUUGCUUCCAUACAGACAAAUUUGCUAG